UACUAUUUCGGUCUCCUUCCCGCCAAACCCACUAACUAAAACCCUAGUUCCCUUUUCCUCCACUCAAAUAACCACACUCCAAAACCCUAGUUCUCUCUCUCCUCCUCUCUCCGCCACCACCAAAUUCCCAUCCCCACCACACCACAACCAUGGACCCUCAGUCCAUCCAAACAAGCCUAGUCCUCAUCCUAGACUUCGGCUCCCAGUACACCCACCUCAUCACCCGCCGCAUCCGCUCCCUCUCCAUCUUCUCCCUCUGCAUCUCCGGCACCUCCCCUCUCAAAUCCAUCACGGACCUAAACCCACGUGUCAUCAUCCUCUCCGGUGGCCCCCACUCGGUCCACGCGCCCAACGCGCCCUGUUUCCCAGAUGAGUUCAUAGAGUACGUGGAGUCUAAGGGCGUGUUUGUUUUAGGUAUUUGUUAUGGGUUGCAGCUGAUUGUGGAGAGGCUGGGUGGGAGUGUUAGGGUUGGGGAGAAGCAGGAGUAUGGGAGGAUGGAGAUUGAGGUGGAGAGGGCUUGUGGGUUGUUUGGUGGGUCCAAGAAAAUUGGUGAUAAGCAGGUUGUUUGGAUGAGCCAUGGGGAUGAGGCAGUGAAGUUGCCUGAUGGGUUUGAGGUGGUGGCAAGGAGUCAGCAGGGGACGGUGGCCGCAGUGGAGUGUCCCGGGAGGCGGUUUUAUGGGCUUCAGUAUCAUCCGGAGGUGACACAUUCUCCAGAAGGGAUGGAAACUCUGCGGUAUUUCCUCUUUGACGUUUGUGGAGUAACCGCGGGCUGGAAGAUGGAAGAUGUACUUGAUGAAGAAAUUAAAGUUAUCCAAGGCAAGGUGGGCCCUGAAGAUCACGUGAUUUGUGCAUUAUCUGGGGGUGUGGAUUCCACAGUUGCGGCCACCCUUGUUCAUAAGGCGAUUGGAGAUAGGCUUCAUUGUGUUUUUGUUGACAAUGGUUUAUUGAGGUACAAGGAGAGAGAACGUGUGAUGGAAACUUUUGAGCGUGAUCUUCACCUACCUGUUACUUGUGUUGAUGCGACAGAGCAAUUUCUUAGCAAGCUGAAAGGCGUGGUUGAUCCUGAGAUGAAGAGGAAAAUCAUUGGAAAGGAGUUCAUUUGCAUCUUUGAUGAUUUCGCAAAACAUUUGGAGCGUGACUUAGGCAAGAAAGCUGUGUACUUGGUCCAAGGAACUUUAUAUCCAGAUGUAAUUGAAUCUUGCCCGCCCCCAGGAAGUGGAAGAACCCAUUCCCAUACAAUCAAGAGCCAUCACAAUGUUGGAGGGCUUCCCAAGGACAUGAAGUUGAAGCUCAUUGAACCACUUAAACUUCUUUUCAAGGAUGAGGUCCGUGAAUUGGGGAAGAUCUUGGCGGUUCCUACGUCAUUUCUUAAACGCCACCCUUUCCCUGGGCCCGGCCUUGCAGUGCGAGUUUUGGGUGAUGUUACUGAAGGAAAUGCCUUGGAGAUCCUCCGUCAGGUGGAUGAGAUCUUCAUUCAGUCAAUCAAGGAUGCUGGUAUUUAUGAUUCUAUAUGGCAAGCUUUUGCUGUGUUUUUGCCGAUUAGAUCAGUUGGAGUUCAAGGAGAUCAAAGAACACAUUCUCAUGUUGUUGCCCUUAGAGCAGUUACAAGUCAAGAUGGAAUGACUGCAGACUGGUACAAUUUUGAACACAAGUUCCUUGACGAUGUGGCCCGAAAGAUUUGCAAUAGCGUUCGGGGCGUGAACCGAGUUGUUCAAGACAUCACAUCAAAGCCGCCUUCAACAAUCGAGUGGGAGUGAUAUCAUGCCGGGUGCUUUGAGCUAGCUGGAAAAUGAGUAAAGGAUGCGGGUAUAUGGAAUGUUUGUCUUCCCAAUUCGGUGAGGAGGGCAAAAAACAGAACCAGGCAGGGGAAUUGAGAAUGUAUUGGAGUCUGCUCUCUAGACAACAAGUAUACUUAGCUCUGGCUAGGUAAUGAAUUUUUGUAUGACAUUGCUUCGAAUUAUAAAAAUUCUGUAUAACGUAAUAUCAUUUUACUUUCCGAGCACAGUUGGUUCGUUUUUUGUCGGUGCUCUAUUUGAAUGUUUCAGUUUCUAGUGCAAAAUUCAAAAUUCAAAAUUCGAAAGUGAUGAACAUAUUUUGUGUUACAUUUACUUGUAGUGUAAUUUAAGUUCCAAGUUUUGUCG